AUCUACCAUACCACAAGUAACCAAAUUAGCAGCAUUAUUGGCUGUCUCUGUCUACGGAGUCAGAAAGAAGAUCAAGGGAAGUUAGGGAACGAACCAUGGAGAGAAGCCAUCAAAAUCGUAAGGGACGUGGCAACCAUUCCUCUUUCUCUUCCUCGUCUCAAUCAACAAGGAUCAGAAACACCAAAGUUUCAAACUUUAAUGAAUCCAGCAGUGCCACUAAUUAUGCUACUAACAAUAGAAGUAAUGCCCAUGAUGAUCCCCAGUUGAAACCCAGAAGAGGAAACACGAGUAGCAGCAAUAACCAGAAAGAAAAAAUCAAAACAGAAGAAGAUAAGGAAGCGGAUUCUUCAGAUUUUCCAAGACUAAUUGGAACUUGCCCUUUUAUGUGCCCAGCUAUACAUUUGAUCAAGUGCUUUGGAAGUUUCUCUUUAGUUUCAAAAAAGAAACGAGAUUUUUUAAUGAAGCAGCGGCAGUCGUGCUAUUUUGAUUUAUUUGAGAGUGAAAGGUCCCAACGAGAGCGACUGCAAGAUUUAGCUGUGUUUGAGAGGCUCCAUGGAAAUCCCAGGAAAACAUCUCAAGCCUUAGCAGUCAAAAAGUUUUGCAGAACUAUAUCCGCCAAGCACAUGCAAGCAUCUGAUGUGCGGCCGCUUCCAGUAUUAGAAGACACUUUGGCCUAUCUCUUAAAUUUGCUGGAUUCAACAGACCAUCCUUUUGAAGUGGUUCAUGACUUCAUUUUUGAUAGGACAAGGUCUAUAAGACAAGAUCUUAGCAUGCAGAAUAUUGUUGAUGAUAAAUCAAUCUACAUGUAUGAGAAAAUGGUUAAAUUUCAUGUUAUAUCUCACCUCAAGCUUCAACGUUGUCGUAGCAGUUCAGAUAUUUCUUCAGUGCAUUACCUCAACAUGGAGCAGCUUACAAAGGCUCUGACAUCUCUAUAUAAUCUGUAUGAUGCAAAUCGAGAUUCUGGUACUGUUUAUGGAAAUGAGGCUGAGUUUCGUUCGCUUUACGUGCUGCUUCAUCUUGAUUCUAACACCCAACCCAUGGGGGAGUCACUUUCUUUGUGGUUUCGUUUUGUGCUUCAUCCAAUUAUCCGGUCAAAAGAAAUGUGUUUUGCCCGGAGUGUUCUAAGGUUUUAUCAGAUGGGCAACUAUAUGCGUUUCUUUUCUACCAUAUCUGCCGAGGCAUCUUAUCUGCAGUACUGUAUUCUUGAACGUUACAUCAACAAGGUUCGAGCAUUGUCCCUGUCAUAUAUAAAUAAUGCCGGCUACAAGCUUCAUCCAUAUCCUCUGGUACACCUAUCUAAGCUCUUGAAGAUGAAGGAAUCAGAUUUGGAGGUAUUGUGCAAUGCUUGUGGCCUGGAGACCUGUGCAGAUGAUAUGGGAAAUAAGUUGCUACCUACUAAGCAAACGACUUUCUGUUGUCCCAAGGAAGGGUUUCAAAGCUACAACUUCACGGGUUUGGAAAAGUUCGAGAGCUGACUUGACGGUGCAAUCCUUUUUUUCUUCGUCAGAUAUCUAUUCCUUGUGGGGAUUUAGCUUUGCAUAGACUCUGUCUACAUUCUGCAUUUAACCUGUUGUAAAUUGUAUUUGCUGUAAGUUCUUCAAUAAAAGGAUGAUUGCAUGUGGCAACUUCUAAAAGGAGUGUAUUCAAGACCAUUACAAACGUCAAUUAAUUAAGAAAAACGAUAAUUGAAUACAUCAAAGCA